AUGCGUUGGAGAGACCGUUUCUUAUUUUGUGCCGAAGCAAUUUAUAAAUCACAGGCCGAAACAGGGGAAAUCAAAGGACAUUAUUUGAAUGCUACUGCGGGUACAUGUGAAGAAAUGCUAAAAAGAGCUGUAUUUGCUAGAGAAUUGGGCGUUCCUAUCGUAAUGCAUGACUACUUAACAGGUGGAUUCACUGCAAAUACUACCCUGUCUCACUAUUGCCGCGAUAAUGGUCUACUUCUUCAUAUCCACCGUGCAAUGCAUGCAGUUAUCGAUAGACAAAAAAAUCAUGGUAUGCACUUUCGUGUAUUAGCUAAAGCCUUACGUUUGUCUGGUGGAGAUCAUAUUCACGUUGGUACUGUAGUAGGUAAACUUGAAGGAGAAAGGGAGAUUACUUUAGGUUUUGUUGAUUUACUAUGUGAUGAUUAUUUUGAAAAAGAUCGAAGUCGCGGUAUUUAUUUCACUCAGGAUUGGGUUUCUUUACCAGGUGUUAUCCCUGUUGCUUCAAGGGGUAUUCACGUUUGGCAUAUGCCUGCUCUGACCGAGAUAUUUGGAGAUGAUUCUGUACUCCAAUUCGGUGGAGGAACUUUAGGACACCCUUGGGGAAAUGCACCUGGUGCCGUAGCGAAUCGAGUAGCUCUGGAAGCAUGUGUACAAGCUCGGAAUGAGGGACGUGAUCUUGCUCGCGAGGGUAAUGCAAUUAUCCGUCAAGCUUGCAAAUGGAGUCCUGAAUUAGUUGCUGCUUGUGAAGUCUGGAAGGAAAUCAAAUUUGAAUUCCCAGCAAUGGAUACUUUGUAA